GUCACGGUGGCAAGGGAAUUUUAGUCUCUAAGCUAUGGUUCUGGACGGCAUUGUAUCUUCUCCCCAUCGGAGGUCAGGAUCAAUCAGGAAGCAAUUCCAAAAAGAUGAGUUGGGCAGCUGGUCAACACUUGUUCAUAGGCAUAGAUUUCUCUUAACAGCUUUGGGACUCUUAGCAUUCCUCUGUACCAUCUACCUUUACUUUGCAGUUACUUUAGGGGCCACCGCUGAUACAUGCUCUGGGUUGACAGGAACACAGAAAGCAACAUGUAAACUGCAGCAUGCAAGGUCAACUCUGUCCCAUGGAAAGCUGAAAUUCCUUUAGCUUGUCUAUGGCCAAUUACCGGUUGGUUUAUUAUUAUAGUAUUCAAAUUUGAAAAACACAAUUCAUUUACAGUGGAUUAUUUUGUGUCCUCUUAUGCUGCUUGUUCAUAUGCAGGUUUAAAUCUGUGCAGCAGAAAUUUGUACUGCAAACUCUAUUUUAAUGAUUAAUCUUCUCAAGAAGCUAAUUUUCUUAAUGUUGAAGAUGCAUAUAAUGUUGUUUGGAGGUUAUGAAGUUGGUCAAACAAUGUCCUAGUGCAACGGCUUAUAUCUUUCAUGCA